UGAAUACGUAUAAAAUAUUUCUUGUUUUCAUUCUGCAGAAUUAAUAAUUUUAUUAAAUUAAUUCUACUAUCCACGUAAAUUCUUGAUAAUAAGUGUAAUGUAAUAAAUAGAUAGGAAAGAUGAAUCUUUUCAAAUUGUGUCGUGGUUGUAUGAAAGAGCUAGAGACGUGGGAAAAGGAAAAUUUAGAAAAUAGCAUUUACGAAAUGUUCAUAUUUUGUACUAAAAUUCAGAUCAAUGUAGAGGAUAAAUUACCAAAGAUUUUUUGCUCCGACUGCAGAAAUCAAAUAAAAGCAUCUCACAAAUUCAUUACAGAAUCAUUAGAAACAAACAUAACAUUACAGAAUAUUGUUUCUGAAAGUGAAGCCAUCAACGGAGAUAAUGAUAAUUAUAUUAAAAAGGAAAGUUCAUUUAACUUUACUGAAAAAUUAGAAGUCCAAGAAAAUGAUGGAUAUUAUGAGAAUUGUAUGAAUGAUGAUGAUGAUUUAAGUUCAAACUAUUGUGAACAAGAUAUAAAAUUAGAAACAGGUAUAGAUUCCCAAAGAAAACCUAGACAAAUCAUACAAAGAUUGAAAAAUACUGAUGGUGGAAAAGUUGGUAAAUGUAAAGAAAUAGAAUAUGUACAAAGUAUACAGAAGACAACCACAGACACAUUGAUGCAACAUAAUUAUUUUGAUGUAGAUAAAAGUUUAAACCAACAAACUACAUACUGUGAAUAUGAGGUGCAUGACUUAGAGGAAAUUAAAACUGAAAACUUAGAGAAACAUUUACAGGAAAUUGAAGAUAAACCUCUAAUACGAAACUUACGAAAACGAAAGAAAAGCAACAAAUAUCUAAAUUCCAUUGAACUAGAAGACAGACUUAUAUGUCCUAUUUGUAACAAAGCAUACCCCUUAGGAAAACAUGGCAACUACUGGCUAAAAAAACAUUUAAAGAAACAUUCGGAACAGCAAGAGAGACAAUUAACUAUUAAGGAGAAACGGAAAGGAUUAUGCAUAACAGAAAAUACAACAGAAGAAAAGGGAAUAAAUACAUGUCUGAAAUGUAAAAAAAGUUUUACAUCCAAAUUGUGGUUCACUAAACAUAUGAAGAAACAUGCAAGCACUGAAGUACAUGCUUGUCCCUUCUGUACUAAAACAUUUGUAACAUAUGCACAGUGGGUGUACCAUAAAGCCACCCACGAACAGGAUAAGAAGCAUGUGUGCAAUGUGUGUGACAAGCGGUUUCGACUCCGGAAACAACUGGCUGUGCAUGCUAUGACACAUUCAAAUGAACGACCCUUCAUCUGUGACAAGUGCUAUAUGGGAUUCAAAAUGAAGCAUGUUCUGAUCAAUCACCUACGAGUACAUGAAAAAUCUAAACCUUUUCUCUGUAGUACAUGUGGACAACGUUUUUCUACUGCAUCAACGCUCAAGCAGCACUGCACGGUACACACGCGCGUGCGCCCGCACGCCUGCAACGUGUGCGGCUUCCGCACUGGCUACAGCUCCGUGCUGCGCCGGCACAUGAACCGGCACACGCACACCAAGAGAUACAAGUGCACGCACUGCCCCAAGGAAUUCCUUGAACCUGGCAGUUUAGCACGACACAUGCGAAUCCACACGGGCGAACGUCCAUACAAGUGCCCCACCUGCCCGCUCUCUUUCAUAGACGGUUGGAAGCGUAAGGUGCAUAUCAUGAGGGUACAUCAAUUAAUCCUGGAAGAGAUCCCGCGACUCACUCGCGAUGGACGACCAGCUGCAGCUGUCAUAAGAUAGACGAGAUCUGUUCUGAUUUUUCCCUUCAAAUUAACGUACUUUAUAACACCUUGCUAAAAAUUGAGCAAGCUAAAUAAAAUUUUCAAAGUUACUUA